AUGGAGAAGGUACUAGUUUUGAUCGUUGGUGCAGGCCCAUCAGGUCUCGCUGUAGCAGCAUGCCUCAGCGAGCUCUUCAUCCCCUACUGCAUCAUUGAACGUGAGGAUUGCAGUGCUUCACUUUGGCGCAAACGCACAUAUGAUCGCCUCAAACUCCAUCUUGCCAAGGAGUUUUGUGAGCUUCCUCACAUGUCAUAUCCAAGUGAUACCCCUACAUACAUCCCCAAGGAACAGUUUGUGAGGUAUGUUGAUGCCUAUGUCGAUCACUUCAACAUUUUCCCCAAGUAUAGCACUUCAGUUGAGUCUUGCAAGUAUGACGAAGUGAGCAACUGUUGGGGUGUCAUGGCACAUGACAAAGUAACUGGCCUAGAGAUUGAGUAUACAGCAAGGUUCUUGGUUGUAGCAACAGGUGAGAACAGUGAGGGAAUCAUACCAGAGAUCCCUGGGCUACAUGAUUUCCCUGGUGAAGUCAUACAUUCAUCAAGCUACAAGUCAUGGAAUAACUAUGCUGGAAAGGGGGUGUUAGUGGUUGGAUGUGGAAACUCCGGCAUGGAGAUUGCCUAUGACCUUGCCAGCCAUGGGGUGGAGACCUCCGUGGUUAUCCGUAGCCCGCUUCACGUUAUGACAAAGGGGUUGAUUAACUUGGGGAUGAAACUAUUCAACUGGCGCCUUCCCCUGAAAUUUUUGGAUUUCAUUCUUGUGACUUUUGCAAACAUUCGAUUUGGUGAUCUCUCCAAAUAUGGGAUUGUCAGGCCCAAUAUGGGGCCAUUUCUUCUAAAGGCAAAGACUGGACGGUCAGCAGUCAUAGAUGUUGGCACAAUUGAGCUAAUAAAGAAAGGCUUUAUCAAGGUGCUUGGUCCAAUAUCCAGCAUAAGAGGAAAUUCUGUAGAAUUUGAGGAUGGAAAAGAGUGCUCCUAUGAUUCUAUUGUAUUCGCUACAGGCUACAAAAGCACUGCAAACAGGUGGCUUAAGAAUGGUGAGAGCAUGCUGAACAAUAAUGGCAUGCCCAAGAGGGAGUUCCCCAAUCAUUGGAAAGGUGGAAAUGGCCUCUACUGUGUUGGGCUGGCAAUGAAAGGGUUGGCUGGUAUUUCUCAUGAUGCAAAGAGUGUUGCUGCAGACAUCAAGUCCAUCGUAGAUUCGAUGGGGCCAUUUUAA